ACCUUCGAGCAUGUCAUGGCGCUGGGCAAGCUGCGCCCUCCCACUCCGCCUAUGGUCAUCCUGGAGCCGUAUGUCCUUUCUGAGCUCCCCCCCAUCGGCCAUGAGUAUUAUGACCCAGCGGAGUUCAUGGAGGGCAGCCAGCAGGAGGCAGACCGUGUGGAUGAGCUGGAGUAUGAGGAGGUGGAGUUGUAUAAAGCCAGCCACCGGGACAAGCUGGGCUUGAUGGUUUGCUACCGAACAGACGACGAAGAGGAUCUGGGGAUCUACGUUGGAGAGGUAAAUCCCAACAGCAUUGCAGCCAAAGAUGGCCGGAUCCGAGAAGGGGACCGCAUCAUCCAGAUAAAUGGCAUGGACGUCCAGAAUCGGGAGGAGGCAGUAGCAAUCUUGACCCAGGAGGAGAAUACCAACAUUUCACUGCUUGUGGCUCGGCCUGAGACUGAGCUGACCAAGCGGUGGAAGGACAGUGACCGUGAGGACUUCUUAGAUGACUUUGGCUCUGAGAAUGAGGGGGAGCUACCAGUCCAGAAGCUGAAAUCCCCUUCUGCCCAUCAGCUUGAAAAUGAAGAUGGAAAGGGAGCAUCCAGCGCCGGCCCAGGUCUGAACAAUAGCCAAGAGCUGGACAGUGGUGUGGGCCGGACUGACGAAAGCACCCGAAAUGAAGAGAGCUCAGAACAUGACCUACUGGGAGAUGAGGCCCCAAGCACCACAAACACUCCUGGGAGUCUACGGAAAUUUGGCCUCCAAGGCGAUGCCCUGCAGAGCCGGGACUUCCACUUCAGCAUGGACUCCCUCCUGGCAGAGGGAGCUGGGCUAGGUGGUGGGGACGUCCCAGGUCUCACGGAUGAGGAGUAUGAGCGUUAUCGAGAGCUGCUGGAAAUCAAAUGUCACCUAGAGAAUGGCAACCAGCUGGGGCUCUUCUUCCCCAGGGCAGGAGGGGGCAACAGCUCUCUGGACGUCAACCGCAAUGAGAGCCUUGGCCAUGAGAUGGCCAUGCUUGAGGAGGAGCUGAGGCACCUGGAGUUCAAGUGUAGGAACAUACUUCGAGCCCAGAAGAUGCAGCAGCUCCGUGAGCGUUGCAUGAAGGCCUGGCUGCUGGAGGAGGAGAGUCUCUAUGACUUCGGGGCCAGCGAGCCGAAGAAGCAUGAAUUGUCGGACAUCACUGAGCUGCCAGAGAAGUCUGACAAAGACAGCACCAGUGCCUACAACACAGGCGAAAGCUGUCGCAGCACCCCCUUGCUCAUGGAGCCCCUGCUGGAGAGCCCCUUGAGGCGGGUCACUGACACCAUCUUCAAGGCUACCCCGGGGAACUCAAACCUCAACCAGACCACAUGUGGCCCCCACAAGGCUGUCCCCCAAGAUGGGAGCCCGGCCAAGUUCCGCUCCCUCUCCCGGGAUGGUGAGGUUUGCCAGAGGCAACAUGCUGAGGAUCGGCUCCGCCGAAGCCCUAAGGCUGGAGGGACAUUGGAGCAGGUGGGAGCAGAAGGCAGUCCGUACCUCUCUAGGCGCCACCGUGUGCAGGGCCAGGCAAGUGAGCGCUACCACAGCUGUGUGCAGCUAUCACAGGCCCGGGGCCUAGAGGAACUGAGCCACACCCCCCUGAGCCUGGCUAGCAUGUGCAAGGACUCCCUGGCCAGCCCCAAAGUUGGAGGGGCAGAAGCCCCACGCAUGGAGUGGAAGGUGAAGGUGCGAAGCGAUGGAACGCGGUAUGUAGCCAAACGACCAGUGCGUGACCGGCUCCUGAAGGCUCGGGCCCUAAAGAUCCGUGAGGAACGGAGUGGCAUGACCACAGAUGACGAUGCCGUGAGUGAGAUGAAGAUGGGACGGUACUGGAGCAAGGAAGAACGAAAGCAACACUUGAUCCGGGCACGAGAGCAGCGGAAGCGACGGGAGUUCAUGAUGCAGAGCCGGCUGGAAUGCCUGAAGGAGCAGCAGAACAGCGAGAGCAAGCCUGAGCUCAACAUCAUUGCGCUGAGCCACCGCAAAACCAUGAAGAAGAGGAACAAGAAGAUCCUGGACAACUGGAUUACCAUACAAGAGAUGCUGGCCCAUGGAACCCGCUCGGCCGACGGGAAGAGAGUCUAUAAUCCUCUCCUCUCCGUCACCACUGUGUGA